AUGAAGAGGAAAGGCAUGACCAACCAGAGGCAGAGAGUUUGUGGUUUCAGCGAGCAGUUGCUUCAUUGUCGUGCAGUGGCAAAUACCCCUGAUAGGGACGAUUGGAUGACAACGAGUAGAAAAGUCGGCGGCACCGCACCAGUAAAGGUGCCCCGUUUUUCUUCACCAAUUGUUACCGCGAAAGUGGGGAGGAGUAACUUAUCUCCUAGUGAUUCAGACAAUUCUUCGAAUGCGGCAACUGCAGGUUCAGACUAUUCGCGGAUAGGCGAUCUCUGCAUGCCACCAGAAGGCAUCAAAGCCGUUACGACAGCGGUUUCAACUGAUCAUCAUGCAAAUGACACCGGAAAAACAAGUGUGCGAAAGCACAGUCAACGAGCGCAUUGGGAAGAUGAACAAUUCCUGCUUCGUUCCAGAGUGGCGCCCACACGAUGGGCACUUCAUGCACCAGCCGAAUUCACUACAGCAACAGACAUGUCUCCGUCCCUUUGUUCCGCAUUUCGGUGGUAUACUGAUGAGGUCGCUGCAGCAAUGACGUCACAAAGUUGCGAGGAAGGGUCCUCAGUGCCGCAAGAAGGUUCUCGAGCAUAUGACUUUAUAAAAUUGCGUCUCUUCCCCACAGAUAGCGUCCUUUCACUAGCCAGCGGUGAAAUCAAGCGGGAGCAAACUGCGGCUAGCACCGCUUUGGUUUGGUUGCUUCAGCAACAACGAGAGGUUGCAGCGACAGCAUUGCUGAUGGGCUUCAGCUUCCUGCUAGGACUCCAACGGUACGACCAGUCUUGGAAAAACGCUCUUGAGGUGCCAAUAACGGCAUUGCAGUUGCUGGCGAAUCACGCGUUUGCGCUCAACGAGCAGGGCAGUGGCAAAACCAUUAGUGACCUGACGGCGCGAGACCACCUCCUUUUUAUGAGUGCCUGCCUCCUAAUAAGUUGGAAAUACGCAGACGUCAACGCGGAUGUUGAGGAUCUCGUUACCAUACUGGAUAAGCAUUUCUUCGAUCAACACGUGUUUAGUUCUAGCGAAGUGUUGCGACUGGAGGCAGUUGUGCUAAAGUCAACAGGCUUAUACGUGGCUCCACCGCGGUGGUGGCGAGUUGCCAUUGAACUUUUGGCAGCCGCGCAUGCGGAUGAGGAGGAGUGGGCUCUGCGUGUGGGUCACUCCCGUCGCGACAACGGUUUCGCGAGAGGAGUUCAUUCAUGCUACGAAACAAAGCUUCAGCAGUUGCUGAUAUCCAGUGAACGUGUCUUGCUAUUUUUGAUGGACGAAACUGAAGGAGACGACUCGCAGAACCCAGUUGGCACCCCUUGGGGUGAAACUGAUUCUUGUCUGAGGGAAUGCCGCAGGGAACCGAUAUUUCUCGAAGAUGUACGCCAACCUCAUGAGGUGCGAGGAACCUUGUGUCAAUGGCUUCAACAUCAUCCUCUUUUCGGUGCGGCACUCGCGGUUGCCAGCAACGCCAUCACGUGUGGGUGGGCGGCUGCUCACAUUGGUCCAGCGGCAGCAGGGAGUAAUCGGACCCCGCUGCGUGUAGCAGAUACCACGGCGCAGCGUGAAAUGUUGGCGAUGGCUGCAGUGCUGGUGAGGGAUGUGUUCCAUCCCCCGUCAACACAGUGA